AUGCAGCCAGCACCAGACCUGCUCCGACGUCAGACAUCGACGGCAUGGCGGUACUCAUAUUCUGGAGGACCCGGCGAGGUGGUGAGCUUCAGGCCUUCCUUGCCUCAGCCACAAGGAUUCCAGCGGCGGCACACGACCAUGCCAGCAUCGCUCGAUGUCCCUGAUGUUCCAGACGCGUGGGAAUAUCACAACCGGCAGGCUGGCCUCCGUCACGCAAGCACGAUCCAGUGGCACACUCCACAGGUGGAGAGACCGUCGGUGCUGCAUGCCGCUUUCCAAAUAUCCUCUGCGCCAGUCGAUGAAGGCACACUUAUCUCCAGCAGGACCGUCAGCAAACGAGACCGGAUCUGUCGGAUGAUGGCCUCUGGGGUGGCCUUGGCCAUCGUGGUUCUUACGCUGCUAAGCAGCUCCUGGCAGCAGCACACUGUAGCUGCCACCCCCGAAGAGGUGUACAAGGUGUAUGCUACCAUGAUGUCCAUCCUACCUGGUGAGCAUCAUGUGGGGCGACCGCGAAGCUUCUCGAAAAUCGUGCAGCCAGUGUUUGAACUGCAAGCGGGCCUCUUCAGCGCGUACGUGGUCGAUUUGUGCACACCCAGCUCUGGCUUCGAUUAUGUUGUCGACAGGGCUGCGUGCGUGAGCAAGCUCGAAGGCUUCUGUGAUUCACUACGCGACAGCACCCCGAAUGACAAGUGGCUCAGAGCCGCAGACAAGCUCCACAAGAGCUGCCUCAGAACUGUGCGUGGUGCACAGGGCAUUUCGGUCCCUUUGCUGGGGGGUCCGGUGCACCAGCUCUGGGGCACAGACAGAACUCUCCGGCGCCUGCAAACAAGUUCGGAGGAUGUGGUGGAUGAGCUGCGCCGCGAGUUUGACGUGGGCCCAGCGGAUUGGAUGCCAAACUUCUGCGCCACGGUGGCAAACUGCGAGCAGCUGGAGGCCAUGCGGCCCUGGAACAUUGCUGUCGUGAUCGCCUUUGUGGGUGGGGUGCUUGCGCUGCUUGCGUCCACUACAACUUUUGGCUAUGACCUGUUGCGACCAGAUUUGAAGAACUCCGCCAAAGGUUUCCUCUUCUUGGGCUUGGCCUUUGCAUUCCUCGCUGCAGCGGCGCUGUUGUACCUGCAUGUGGCCAAGGCUUACCCGGUGAGCAGCUACAUCCGCAGCGAGAGCCUCUUCUACUUCAUGCUGGCCGAGCCUGGCGACAUGUCGCGAAGGCUGAAGGAUGUGCCUCCCAGUGGUCUGCUUCCGAGCAAGAGGUGGAAGGGCGUCUUAUUGUCGUUGACGGGCUCGCUUUUGCAAGGACUUCUGGCGGGAGAUAUGUCUACCGUCUACUUGCAGCUGCAGCAGGCGGUAGACAGGGCCUGGAAGCUUGCGGAUGUCUUAUUCCAACGGUGGCUGAAAUACCUCCAUCUUGCUGUAGAGCAGGCGCCGCAACCCGAUCUGCAGUUCAGGCAAGCGUUUGGCGUGCCUCAACCGCUCUGA